ACAAUUCAGAAUCCGACUAAAAUAUUAGCUCGUAUUAGGUUACGAUUAGAAAUAUGUAUCUAUAUAUGUAUGUACCUAUAUGUGAUCUAAUUGAUACGAUGCCAAAGUUCCAACGUUUAUAUAAAAUCACAUUGUUGUGCAUUUCUAUCUAUUAUUUAAUCGUUCGUAUAUUUGAAUCAUUGAAUUGUAUAUUUUAAUCUUAUAAUUUUAUUUUUGAAAUAACAAUUUUUUAUAAAUAAAUCUUUUGUAACGAUCCUUUCAUUUUUCUUCAUUUUUUUCUUUAAUUAAAUUCGCUUGUUUACAAGGACAUAGAAAGCGUGCUUUACGUUACACUCCGAUAGCGAUCAAUCGAAAACGAUGCGGUCCAUUUCUUCUUGGUUUGAGAUAGAGAUGAAUUUGAUGAGAUAACGCUCUGGUCCAAUUUUGUAAGGUAAACUAAAAUAUGGAAUUGAUUUUUUUUUAUUUAUCCUAUUUUUUUUUAGGCUUUCCUACAACUCGCACGUGGGAGAGAAAAAGAGUGAGAGAAAGAAAGAGAGAGAGAGAGAGAGAGAGAGAGAGAGAGAGACACGAGGAGGGAUGGUUAGAUAAUAAGGAAGAAUACUUUAAAAAUAGUUGACAUUUAUACGUGUACAUCCGUCCGUACGUAAGAUCGGAUCUAAUGUCACAUGUUAUUUUGUUUAUGGAAAAAUAUUUAGAUACGUCUAUAAGAUAUAAUAAACUAUGGAUAUAUACCGGAAAGUUUCACGUUUAAGUCACACUUGCUAAUUUUCUUCCUCUCCCCCUAUCCUGUGAAGUUCUAAUUAAUCUUCGACUGCCGGCAGCCAAACGACAUUGCGACGGCAACGGCUGUCAUUAAUUUUAAAGUAGAUUUCUCCGUUAGAUUAAUAAGCGCUUAGGAAUCGAUAACUGUUGCUUCAAUGAAAGCUUAGUUUUUAAAGACGGAUAGUUCGAAAGUUUAGUAUAAACGGUGCCAACUUUUCUUCGACUUUUUCUUCAUUCUCUUAACACUUUUCCUUUCCUGUAAUGUGACAAUAGUAUCCUUGAAGACAUUAGAUUGUACAUUACUUUUUUAUUUAUUUAUUUUUUCUUCUUUAUUAUUUUAUCAUCGACAACAUUUUUGUCGUAAAGCAAAUUUCGUUUAGACUUUAUACUAUACAAGAAUAUUAUUCAUUUAUAUCGAUAGUAAUAAUCGAUCGUAAAAUAUAAAGAGAGGAAAAGAGAGGAAAAAAGAGAAAAAUACUCCGGUGAUACGUAGAGAUAGUGUAUUUGUAAAUAUAUACUUUUAUACCAUCCGACGUGUGAAUGUAAACUCGGGUCAGUAUAUUUAACAGCAUGCAAUUAAAAAAACGUUGUCAGCAGUUGGAGAGCAAAUACGUUCGCAAAUGUAAAAUGAACGAUCGAAACAUUAUGUAGAAUUUAUCUAUAGACUGACUAUCGAUCUGUUUUAGAUAGAAUUCCGAAAAAAAACACAU